CGAGACCACCUGAUCUGGUCGGCGUUCAGCACCCUCUACCUGAACCUGUGCUGCCUGGGCUUCCUGGCGCUGGCCUACUCCAUCAAGGCCCGAGACCAGAAGGCCGCGGGGGACCUGGAGGCGGCCCGGCGACUGGGCUCCAGAGCCAGGUGCUACAACAUCCUGGCCGCCAUGUGGACGCUGGUGCCCCCGCUGCUGCUGCUGGCCCUGGUGGUGACCGGCGCCCUGCACCUGUCGCGGCUGGCCAAGGACUCCGCCGCCUUCUUCAGCACCAAGUUUGACGACUCAGACUACGACUGACCCCGAGGUUGGGCCCUGCCCCUCCGGGGACCCCAGCCCAGAUGCCAGCCCCGGUCCUGGGCUCCACCCGCCUCCCGAAGCCCCUGCCUGCCGGGCACCUCCUGGGACCCCAGCUUGCGUCCCCUCCCCUUAGCCCUGCCCAGCCGGGACCCUCGCUGGCCUGCCCCUCACCAGGGCAGCCUCGAUGUCACGAUUAAAGCG